CAUUUUUUCCUGCGUCAAAAAUUCUAUAACCAAAAGAAGGGCCCAUGGACGAUUCAAACGAUAUUCAACUUUACCAGAACCUGCGCAAUGCCGUAUGGGAAAAUGUAGAUCAGAUAACGCGACAAGAAGCUGCAUCAGCGGGCAAAACAGUAUCACCUGAAUUUGUCGCUUCCUUAACCGACGUUGUAUUUAAGCAAAUGGAAACAAUGGCAACCGAUCUCGAAGCAUUUGCAAAACAUGGCAAACGGAGUGUCAUAUCAAUGGAAGAUGUCAAGCUGUGUGCGCGACGAAAUGAAAGCUUGCAUAAAAUUAUUUCUGAUGCGGCUACAGAGAUUUCCAACGAACGCCGGAAACGAUAGCCCAAAAAUCUAAACAAUUUAAUCUUUGGAAAAUUAGCGAUUAUGAUUUACACCAAGUUAUGAGGACCUGUUAAUUCUUUUUGCACUUUUCUUUAUCUGUCAACCAUGCCUCGCUGCCCACUUCCACGGUAAUAGGCGAAACAAUCAGCAGCAAGAUGCCGUUUGCGCCAGUUGUGGUCAAACAGAGCAUGUCGUCUUCCAAAUAAAAAUGUGAGUAGAGCUCU